GCUGGGGCCCAGGCGGUUGCGGAGCCUAGCGCAGCGGACAGCCGGACCGCCCCAGCCCGGCCGACCAUGAACUCGGGACGCGAGCCCCGAACACCCCGGACACUCUUAAGCAUCGCAGACAUCCUAGCCCCGCGCAUGGUCCCCCGAGCACCCUCUGCGCCGCAGCUUCCAGAGUCGGGUCCGGAUCCAACGUCGCCGCUGUGCGCGCUGGAGGAGCUGACUAGUAAAACUUUCCGCGGACUUGACGCGCGCGCUCUGCAGCCCUCUGAAGGGCGGGCAGCCCCGGACGCGCUGGGCCCUGGUCCCUCCGGCCGCAAACGGCGCAAGUCACGCACUGCGUUCACCGCGCAACAGGUGCUGGAGCUGGAGCGGCGCUUCGUCUUCCAGAAGUACCUGGCGCCGUCCGAGCGAGACGGGCUAGCUACGCGACUCGGCCUGGCCAACACGCAGGUUGUCACUUGGUUCCAGAACCGGCGAGCCAAGCUCAAGCGCGACGUGGAGGAGAUGCGCGCCGACGUCGCCUCGCUACGCGCGUUGUCCCCGGAAGUCCUGUGCAGCUUAGCACUGCCCGAGGGCGCUCCAGAUCCCGGCCUCUGCCUCGGCCCUGCCGGCCCUGACUCCCGGCCCCACCUGUCAGACGAGGAGAUACAGGUGGACGAUUGAAGACAAAGCCGCCGCCAAUCCUGGGCUCUGGGGCCCUGGACUCCUCACCUCGCGCUCUGCCUCCGGCCAGAGUUCCAGGGUGGAGGAAGGAGGUCCACUUGGGCCUCUUCCGGCCUACAGUCCAGACGCUCACCUUUCCCGGUUUUUUUGUAAGUUUAUUUUGUUGUCUGAGACAGGGCCUCGCUCUGUCGCCCAGGCUGGAGUGCCGUGGAGCGAUCACCGCUCACUGCAGCCGUGACCUCCUGGGCUCAAGCGAUCCUCCUGCCUCAACCUCCUGACUAGCUGGGAUUACAGGCGUGCAGCACCACCCCAGGCUAAUUUAAAAAACUUUUUUUUUUAGAGAGGAGGUCCGCUAUGUUGUCCAGGCUACUUUCCCAAUAUUUGAGAAUAAAGUCGAGACUCUGCCGCA